AUGCCAACCUCACACAGAAUCCAAGUCCGGUCAAACCAAGAUGUUAUCCGAGAUUAUUCCGGGUCUCUUCUCGAUUGUCCCACCACAGAGCGAACCUGGCAGUCUAUCAACCUGUUGCUAUGGGAGGAAAAUGCGUCUCAAAUAUCUGAUCUUCCCGCAACCCCGGGCGAUCUUCACAUCUAUCAGGUACACCACGAUCAAGCCCAGGUGGAGCUCACGGCGUCCUCUCUGAACUCUGAAGCAGCACUGCAGUUUCUCUGGGACACUCUGCGCGCAGCAACCGCGUCAGGGAAGCGCGCCGUGAAACUGAUUGUCCCGCUACACAGCGGAUAUAUCAUCAGCUCAAAUAUUAUUCCAUUGCGAUUCCGUGACUCGCAGCACAUCGAGUCAGCCAUUUCCUUCGCCCAGCCGCUACAGACCUAUAACGGCCAGCCUGUUUCCGACCCGAGAUCCGCGGACUUAACAACCCUCAUUUCUGCUGCCACUGCCGGGCUGAUUCUCUAUCCUGACGUGGUACCGGGAAGUGACGCGGUCGAGUCAGAUCUAGACAACAGACUCUCUUUCCCUUGGGUCCAACCUGGCACGCCUCAAUGCAAGACCCUGGCGCUAGUCGACGCCAACAGCGCCCAUCCCGAUGACGGUCUAGGCUUCUACCGCGCUGCACGUGAGCUCGGCAUCAACGUUGUCGUGCUCGAAAACGCAGGACACUGGCUUGAGGACCCGGCACAGUCUCACUGGCGGGAGGCAUUCAUUCCGACGCGCCUAACGAACCCGCCUGAACCUGAUAUGGGGAGACAUAUCCUUUCAUCGCUACGAGCGUACGGGAAGCCUGUCGACGGGAUUUUGACAUUCGCCGAUUCCUUCUGGUACUACAUUGCGCAGAUCACACCGGAACUUGGGCUGCAGACGGCACCGCCGGAUUCGCUCCGCAUCGCGACGAAUAAGUUCCUCACAAGCAAGUACGUUGGCCACGAGGCAUACUCUGCAAACAGUCUCGAUGAAGCGCUGGCCCUUGCAGAAAAGGUGGAUCUUCCCUACCCCCUUAUCGUCAAGCCAUGUGACGGCUGGAGCUCCGAGGGUGUAUCCCGAGUCGACACACCCGGUGCGCUCCCGGCCGCGAUAAAGUCCAUCGACACCUCGCGCCAUGGCACUGAGUUUGUCAUGGAGCAGUACUGCUCCGGCCCCGAAGUAGAUGUGAACCUUGUCCUCCUCGAUGGUAAAAUUAUCUUCGCCGAGAUCUGCGAUGACCUUCCCAAGUCCGCGGACGUUAACGGGCCGACUGUGGGUUCACUGAUGAACUUCCACGAGCUGAAUAGUGUCUACCCAUCUGCGCUUCCGAAGAAAGAAUUGGACCUCCUCAUUACCAGCUUUGCGGACACGCUCUUGUCCCUGGGGAUCAGGAACGGGGUCAUGCACCUGGAAGGCAGAGUUAAGAACUCAAUAAUGGACUACAGUGAAGCCCACGGCAUCAUUGAUCUACACCCACAUAACGACAUCUCCCUCUCGAAUUCACCCUCAGCAUGGCUGAUCGAAAUCAACCCCCGGCCCCUAGGCAUGACAGGCUCUCACAUCAUUGAAUCAACCUACGGCAUCGACUACUGGGCUCUGGCUGCCAUCCUCGGCGUAAACGACAAACCCCGCGCCCGUGCCCUCUCAAUCCCCUACAAGUCUGGUCCCCAAUACACAGCGAUAAUGGUCUUCAUCCCGGCCGACUUCCCCGCAGAAUGCGACGGUAUCUUCGAUAGCGACGAUAUCUGCGCGGACCUGAUUGCGCGACGGCCUGAUUUGGGGAGGAACGUUAGUCGCUGUGCGACCCUUGUGAAGCGUGGAGAGAAGGUGAAGCACCCUAGUACGGGCAAGCAUACGUUUUUGGCAUAUUUCAAUGUGUUUUCGCGCGUUGGACGGGCGGAGGCGUUAAGCUUGGCGAGGGAGGUGAGGGAGGAGGUUAGGUAUGCUUUUGUGUAA